UCUAUUUAACCUCUCUAUUCACCUUUCUUUGUUCAACAUUAUCUCUUAUCAACUUAUUAUCUUAAAUGUUACUACUAGUAUAAUGGCUGCCGAGCUUCAGUUUCUAUCCUUGAAUCAGCUUCAGUCUGAUAAUAGUACGAGUUUUGGGUUUCUAUCCUUGAAUCAGCUUCAGUCUCAUAAUAGUGCGAGUUUUGGGAUGUGGAACAACGACAACAGUAAUAACAAAAUGGCGCAGCCCGUUCGGGUGACUGUUGAAAAUGAAGACGAUUCAUGGGAAGUGCGAGCCUUCGAGGAGGACAUCACUUCUGGGAACCAAAUGGGAUGCACCUGGCCUCCGCGCUCAUACACUUGCAACUUUUGUAGAAGGGAAUUCCGAUCCGCGCAAGCCCUAGGUGGUCACAUGAAUGUUCAUCGACAGGAUCGUGCUAGGCUUCACCAACAACCACUUCUAAUUCCUCCUCCUUCUGCAUAUACUUUUCCUAAAUCUCCUAAUUCUCUAGUUCCAACUCAAGAAUUCUUACCGAAUGGACUUUGCCUUUUCUAUUCAUUGACUAACCCUAAUGGUGUAUUUACACAAAAUUCACCUGAUCUCGUUUCAGUCUCCCCUAAUUAUCCUCUACCUAUUGAUAUGUCCAGCCGGGCAGUGCAUAGCAUGAAUUCAUCGCUACUUUGUCACGAGUACUCGAACAAAACAGAACCUUCAGCCUCCAUUAGCAAUGACAAUACAAACCAAGGUAACCAGAUUAACCAGAGCGACAAAGAUUCAGCCAUUGAAGAGCUUGAUUUAGAACUGCGUCUAGGAUGCCGAUCACCGACUCCAUAACAGUCAAAAAGAAAGAUUAAAGUACUUAAUUUCUUAUUUCUGUUUGUAUUACAGGUUGCCCUUAAUUA